AUGAAAACAACAGCAGCAAACGGUUUGAGCUCUUUUCAGAGCUUCCCGCAAUCAAUUCCAACUCCUCUAUCGGAAGCCUUACAAGUCUCUGUCGUGAAUGGAAAAGAGCUCGUCUUCUCCAAGCCAUCGAACUCCUCCAAGGAUAAAGUUUCUCUCACUUUCCACCGAACGUUGAGAAUUCCGAUGGAUGGAAAGGUUUAUCCACUUCCACCAAAUUUGGGUCAUUUCCCGAUCAAAAAAGUUGAUGAUUAUUUACAUUCUGUUCCUGAAUCUUGGAAAAAGCAUGGUGGAGUGUUUAUUCCAUUGUAUCAGAGAGAGGCCAUGUGGAUUAGUUUUUCAAAUGCAUCGUCUCAUUAUCCUCAUGCUAUUAAGAUUGGUGUUGGAAAGGUGAAUGCCUUAUCAGGUGAGGAAUGGGAUGAAAGUAUGAAAAAAAGAAACGUUCAAGAUUAUUGUGUCGCACCAAAACAACCAUGGUUGGAUGGAAUUAAUAACGGAAAUGGUACCAUUCGACAAUUUGUUGCCAUGCCUUUGGGGGAAGGUUAUACUGUGGAAGGACAAGUGACAGGCCAUGAAGAACAUGGAGGCCUUCAAAUUGUAUGUUACAGCGCCGAUGAGCAAAAGAGAAUUCGAAAGUAUGGACAUACUCUGCAAUAUGAACGUCUUAGACUCAUGAAGAGCUCAUGUGCAUCAAGCAGUUGCAUGAUGGAGAAAAAGAAGACAAAGAAGGAAUGCGAAAUGGGAAUUGCUGCAGGUGGAACGAUGAAACAAACGAUCUAUGAGGACAAACUUGGACAUGACUUUUGGGAUGAAUCCUCUAAGGCAAGAGUUUUUGUUCAUAUUGUGAACAGUGAAAUGUACAAACAAAUUACUGGCGAAAAUCCUCCUGCAUGCCCCAUAUCGGCCAAGACCUACACACAAUACAAGUAUCCAUGGUAUGAUUAUUAUGCUGAAGGAUCACACAUUGAGACGAGCAGUAUUUUGAAUAAUACUGUUAAAACGGUCAGUCAAAUCGACAAACAAAAACACAAAUGGCCUCUCCAAGACACAACCACCAUAGCCAUCUCGAAUGUCAAAGUUAUCAAAGCUAAUGAAGUCCGGGAUGGUGAUUGGUAA